GGCCACAACCCCUGCUGGUCUUGAAACUUGGGAGAAUGAGAACCAAAUUGGCUGAAAUGAGGAUCUAUUUAAUAGACUUGUAACCAGCUCUCCAAUGUCUAGUUCUAGCUGAAAAAACACUCGUCUAACAAAACCUUGGCGAGAACGCAAAUCAAACUUGAUGGAAAUGAGGGAAUUCAUUUACUGGGUCCAUAACCCAUGUUUGUUUUAGAAGUGCAGAACCAUCAAACGAAAUCAAUGAAUUUUGAACACCAUUCACAUGCCUAUCUACGCUCAAAUUAUUCAUUAUUGGAUAAGUACUCGAAACCUUUUUGCACAUUCCAUUAACUGAACGAAUUCGAUCACCAAUAUGUCCACUCCAUUAGCCAAUACUACAAUAGGAAGCGAAGAAUUAAACCAUACAUCAGACAAUCUACCCCACCAGUUCCAUUUUCUCACGAAUAAUUUUUUUCAAAAGAUGUCAAGCGAAUUGAAUCGGAUAAUUCGUUAAUAAUUGCACACUGCGGACGAAGGAAGGUUUUGUAAACAAGAAGCCAAGACCUUGAAAUAAUGUAGCUACCUACCAGGAGCUGAAGACGUUAUCGACCCUUCUUCGGAAACCGACCCAUUAUUGGGUAAACCCAAGAGGCUAUUUGGACACUGGAACGAGUGCUUUUCAUCCGAGUCGUGUUUUUUUUCUAGGCUGAUAUUUCCAAGAGGACAGUUGAUUUGAGAUUUCAACAUGUUGAUUGCAAAUAAAUUAUCAUGCAAGAUAGCUCUGGUAGCGGCCAUGUCGGCCAUCUUGAUUGUAAUCUUGGUAUUUGUAUUUCUGCGAUGGCCACACGAUCGUCUAAGUACAGCAAAUUCCACCGAAGUACCUACUCCUACUGGUCCAAUUCCACUUUCUAUACUUGGAAACUACUCACGAGCUGCUGCUGUCUCAAAUGCUCCACCAUGUGCCGAAAUUGCCAAAGAUAUCCUACUUAAAGGAGGUAAAGCUGUAGAUGCAACGAUAGCUUUAAUGCUGUGUGAUGGGGUGACUAUGCCUCAAAGUAUGGGCAUAGGUGGCGGUUUCUUUAUGACAAUUUAUGAUAAAUCUAGUCGAAAAGCUUAUACAAUCAAUGCCAGGGAACAUGCUCCAGCUGCUUCAACUCCAGAUAUGUAUAAGCAUAAUCCAGAGGCUGCUAAACGAGGUGGACUAUCCAUUGGUGUUCCUGGAGAAAUCCGUGGAUACUGGUUGGCAUACAACAAGUUUGGAGGUGGACUUCCAUGGAAAGAUCUAUUUGAACCAACCAUCAAGUUAUGUGAACAAGGCAUUCCCAUCAGCAAGAAAUUGGCAACUGUGAUGAUUCAAUUUGAGGAGAUGAUAAAAACAGACCGUGAAUUUAGUUUGAUAUUCACCAACAAGAGCACAGGAGCAUUAUUGGAACAUGGAGAAACUUACAAGAAUUUAAAAUUAGCCCAAACCUUUCGCACAAUUGCAGAACAAGGAGGUGAUGUUUUCUACGAAGGACCCAUGGCAAAAACUAUGGUCCAAGAGAUCCAAGGAUCCGGUGGUAUCAUCACUGAAGAAGAUCUGAAAAAUUAUCAACCACGGUUGGAAGACCCUCUGAAAGCUACCAUUUUUGAUAAUAUGACUAUUCAUACGUUACAUGCUCCAUCUUCUGGCCCUAUUCUGGCCUAUAUCCUCAGAUUAGUUGAUGGUUUAGUGCCUGCCAAUAAUGAAUUACUCAAUACCCAAAGAAUUACAGAAGCUAUGAAGUUUGCUUAUGGGGCUCGAUCUAGGCUGGGUGAUCCUCAUUUUGUGAACAUCAAUAGAACAAUGAACAUGAUAACAUCAGAAGAAUACAUUAAGAAAAUCAGAAACAGUAUAGAUGAUACCAAAACAUGGAAUGAUCCAGCUCACUACGGUGGUGACUUUGUCGAAGCUCAUAAUCAAGGAACCGCAAACGUGGCCGUUGUAAGUGAGAAUGGUGAUGCUGUUGCAGCUACAAGUACAAUCAAUUACUAUUUUGGUAGCACAAUUAUCUCUCCAAGCACUGGAGUCAUUUUCAAUGAUCAAAUGGAUGACUUCUCUUCUCCCAAUUUAACCAAUAUGUAUGGUGUGGAACCUUCCAAAGCUAAUUUCAUCGCUCCUGGUAAAAUACCUGUGUCUUCGAUGAAUCCUUCCAUCAUUACAGAUAAAAAUGGCGAUGUUAGACUAGUAAUUGGAGCUGCAGGAGGCACCAAAAUCACUUCAGCUACGGCUAUAGCUACCAUUAGGACUUUAGUAUUACAAGAAGAUAUAAGAAAAGCUGUCGAUAGUGUACUUUUCCAUCAUCAGUUGCUACCAAUGGAAUGGUAUUAUUAUCAGCGGAUGCCCAAAGAUAUUGUCGAAGGAAUGAAAAAAAUUGGCCACGAAGUAAAACUAAUGGCUGCUACAUCUUUCGCAGCCAUCACAGCAAUCGAAAGAAGUGAUAGUCAACUUCACGCUUGCAGCGAUUACAAAAGACCAGGGCAAGUUGCAGGAUACUAAUCAGCAAUCAUUUCAAACUAUGGAAUCUUGGAACUUACAAAGUUUCAAAUUUCGUAAAAAUAAUUAAACGACUUCCUAGUCAUGUAAUUCGACACAUAGGUACCUAACCUUAUACUGUCGAAAAUCAGAACUGUGUGGCAUUAUUUUGUACUUAUGUAAAUUAUGUACAAAUUGUUGAUUAUUGUGUGUUUUUAGUUAUUAUUACAAAGUUCCUUUUUUUUUUCUUUCUCGUGUCUCAUUGUCAUUUAGAAUAGUUAUCAUUUCAGUAUCAGUGAUACGUAUUCAGUAUUGUGUGUUUAGGGCUAAAAAUGUGCCUUGUUUUGAAUGAUGUUAAGUUAUUAUACAAACAAUAAGUUGUAAAAAUAUUUUAUAAUAUGCUAUGUGAUGAAGUUAUUUUAUAAAGUAGGUAUUUACUUGCAGGGAUAUGUAGGCCUGUAGUAGAGCUGCAGAUGAAUCAGAAUUUGAUUCUUUCAAAAAUGAAUCCCGGAGGGAAGAUGAUUGGAUCUGAUCAGUUCUGGACAUGCCUGGGAUCAAUUUGAGAUCUUUGACCUGAUUAGAUCAAAGUUUGCUCGGAUUUAAUCUGCCAUACUGAAUCAGCUCCAGUAAGUAAAAUAGCAGAGAAACUUGAUUGGAUCUGACCAGAUCUCAAUAGAUCAGAUCAUAUCAUGGACAUUCCCUGGAUCCUAUUAAAUCUUACUAUAGAUCAGAUUAGAUCUGUUCGGACCUAAUCAGGUCCUAUGAUUUUCCCCUGGGAUUUCAGAGCAGAAGAUAUCCAACUUCAUAGUGAUUAUAUGCAAUCUUUCUAAAUGCCGGAUCUUCAUUUACCUUUUAAGUGAAAUUAAUACUAUGUACCUAGUCACUAGUGUAUUGAUAUCAGAUUUAUGAUUUGAAUCCCCAAUGAGUAUUUUUAUACUAAGAUGUAGAUAUCAUAGUUCUAAAAUUUCAACAUUGGAAAACGUGACUUUUGUGAAUAUAUUAGGAAUACACUUGUAUGUAUGACCACAA